AAAGAAUAUUUUCUCUGUUACAUGACACACAAGGCCACUUCUUAACGGAGUUAACAAGAGAAACAACCUUCACGACCUUUUUCAGGAUGCCUUACCCCUUUGUACUUCCCACAACCUCUGCCUUCUCCUACUCCUCCUCCUUCACCUGCGACUCCCACCCCUCUCUUCCCCUCACUGUCAGCACCCACCGUGGUGUAGUUCGUGACGUCCUCAAGAAACACAAGCGCCUCUCGCCGUCUUCCCAGGCGGCCAACCUCCCGAGCGUCCUCUCCGCCCUGACCGCCUACCUUCCCUACCUCCUCGCCGUCGACGCAGGCCUCGCCCACCGCACCAUCGGCGACGGCUCCGAGCUCUUCAGCAUCAUCCAGCGCGCCUCCCCGCCCCUCUCUAUCUCCUGGCGACCUACCCUCUCCGAUGUUCCCGUUCCGGGCCGCCGCGAGGGCGCGAGGGUGCGCGUCCAGGGGCUCGAGCACGAGGUCGCCUUCGUCUUGGCCACGCGCGGCUACGCCUCGACCCUCCUCGCCCGCGCAGCCCUGCAGCCCCUGUACAGCACGACAACCUCCCUCGACCUCUACGCUGUCGGCGCCCCGGACCGCCAGAUCGCCAUCUCGGCCGCCACCAAGCACCUCCUCGAUGCUGCCUCCGUCUACGACUACCUGGCCCGCCGCGCCGAGCAACCCCAGCCCGGCCCGCCGCAUGCUGUGCCAUGCGCAGACAUAUCUGCCCCCACCGCCCGCGCACAGAGCCACCUAGCCCUGGCCGAGGCAACUCUGCUUGCCGUGCUGAAAGACGACCCUUACCCCGCCAUCGUCAGCCAGGACCGGAACCGGAACGACAAGGAAUGGAUGUACAAGGCGCCUGACGUGCCCAAGGUGCGGGCCCAUUUGUUUGCGCGGCUGUGCCUCGCUGCUGCGGAACAUGCGGCCAAGGCACAUAGCCUGUCAGGACCAGGCACAGGCGGCGGAAAGCUGAAUGACGGUUUCGUGAGGUAUCUUGAGGAUUUGCGCCGGACAAGCAGGGCCAAGGCCUGUCGUUUCUUUGGAAUUGAUGCCGAGCUCGGCGGGCAGGCCGGGGAUGCUAUUGGCUGGCUUCACGCUGGACUCCAAGAGAUGGGUGUCGAGGUAAGAGACUCGUCCAAGAAGCCAUCAGGUCUCAGCAGGUUGAAGAAGGAGUGGACCGAGAAGAGAGAAGACCGCAGGGUGGACAAAGGCACGACCUGGGGUGCGGAUGCUGGCAGGCUCGAAGAGACGCGGGUCAUUGAGAUGCUGGAAGCAAAGUGGUCCAAACAAAAUGAUACGAUGUUUACCCAGGCCAUCACGCCUGCCGGAACCUUGCUCGCCCAGAUGCCGUCCGCCCGCGAGAUUCAUACUCUCAAGCCCUACGAGGUGCCUGUGCUAGACAGCAGGACUUUGGAGGCCAUGCGCGCUCCUCCAGAACGGCACGAUGAUUUUGGUGAUGAGCAGAGCUCCGACGACGAGACACUCGUGCCAGGAUCGGCCCCAGGUGCUUAUCCCGGCACUCCCUCGUCAUAUUACUGAGUCAAGGCGAGGGAGAAAGAACCACCUAUCGAAAGUGGGUUAUAUCUUUCAGCUUGCAAAACACGCCGAGCAAAAUUUGUAGAUGGAAAGAUUGACGGCAAAAUCGAGGAACGGAGCCAGCCCUAGGGCUGCGUACUGCCGUCCAAAUGUCCCGUCAAAGAAACAUAUGAAAGAGUGUCGAUGUCAGCUUACAACUCGUGGCUCGAGCAUCAGCCUGUGAGUUGAAAGGGUGACUACAUCAUCGGUGUGGGAACAUAGGCGUGACCAGUUGUGCCUGCAAUGUCGGUGCAGCUGGCAUCCGCGGUGGCAAUCUCGGGAGCAGGGAAGGUGGUGGCAUCGUACGCCUUUUGAGGAUAUGGCUCCGAGGUGUCGCCUCAAGCCUUUUCCUGUCAUCUGUCCGCAUCCAUGACACAUCCUGAGUUCUAUCCCAUGCAGCAUGCAGGGCCGAUGACAGCGGGAGAGGAUUCCACGGCGGAGGAGUCGGUUCUCUAUGAUGAGUGGCUUGUCUUCGUGGGGAUAGCCCUGCUUCAUCAUCCGCGACAGCCGGCGAAGUCAUCUAGCCCUUGGCAUGUUUCUUCGGAGACUUCAAGCGAGAGGGACCAGCUUCCUCGACCUCUUCCUUGACUAUAAACGAACCCCAUCGGUCAUCAGCAUCGUCGACGAUCUCGUCUGCAAGGUCGUCUUCCUUGAGCUUAUGGAGAAGCCUGAUCCUUUCCGAGGCGAUCAGCUCGCGCCAGCGGAGUUCGGAUCCGACCUUGACCCGCAGCUCGCGCUCCUGAAUGUUGAAUGACGCCUUGAUCCUCGCCUUCUUUGAAUCCAUGAGCUCUUGUUCGAUAGCUACCUCCUCUUCAAGCACCCAGCGGAAUCUCUCCAGCUCAUCCUCUCGCCUGCUUGUGUAGAUAUCCCGACCCUUUGCGUGCUUGUUCCUAUGAGCCUCGAGUAGCUCAUCCUUACGGCGCUCGCCGUUCUUGACGGACUUGGCCCACUCCAUCAGCUGCUUUUCGUAAUGACCCUCGGCCUUUUUUUCACGGGCAAUGCGCUCCUGCCAGUCCAGCUCCCAUCCCUUUUCUUUCUCCUCCAUCUUGGCCUUUGAUGACGCUCGCAGAUGGCCUAGUCUGGCUUCAUGCUUGAGUUCCAGGCCAUCCAUGGCAACAAGGAUUCUCAAUGACAGACGGUCUUGGUCUCGCCGGUGUUGGUUAUCGAGCAAAGCUUUCUGUAAAUCAUUGACCUCAUCAAGCUUCAUACUAGCCUCAGCAUAUGUCCGCCUAACUUGUCUCUUGCGUUGUUCCUCCUUCGCCAAGCGGAUCCUCUUG